AUGAGCCAAGGUUCACCUGGGAAAAAUCAUGAACAGCCUGUCAGUAUUACUCAUACGGAGGAUGCUUCCUCUCAUCAGCAGGGGCCUGACAUUUUUCAAGAGCAAGGUAAUCCGUUAGAAGACCAUCCAAGCAUAAAGCGAAAGGCGAAGAAGAAGACAUGCCCGUACCAAGUGCACUCGUUGUUCAAAGGCUCGUUGGGAAUUACUCAUUAUAAACUGGAAGGUCCGGAGGAUGGAGAGUUGGUAAUUGGGUUUCACGGUUUGAACGGAACAAGAUCAACCUGGCAGGGCGCAGCGAAGGAUUUGAUUGCCAUUGGUUAUCAGGUCUUAACGUACGAUUUGUAUGGUCAUGGCCUGUCUUCGUGCCCGCCGUUCGAUGUGUUCGGGGGAUAUACAUAUACGCCCCAGUUCUUUGUGGACCAGUUGGAUGAGUUGUUAGUGCACUUGAAGCUGCAGGACCGCUCUUGCAGUUUGAUCGCCUUUAGUUUGGGAGCAUUGAUAGCAUGUUCGUUUGCGUGUAAGCACAUGAACUUGGUCUUGCGUCUGAUACUGGUGUCUCCGGCGGGUAUGUUGGAACAUCGUCCGCGUUCUAUAUCGGCAAUAAUGACGUGUGAGUGUUUAAUUCCAUGUUCUCCUUGCUGUGUGUGCCGAUGCUGUUUUAACCGCAAGUCCUUUAUGGAUCGUUGUUCGUCUGACGACUGUGCCUCCGGUGCUGCACAGGUCAUGUGGGAUCGGAUUAUGUGGAACCUCUUCGACAAGAGGGGUACAAUCCCUGCCUUUCUUGGCGCGGUCACUAGACUCCCCAUUUGGAACGGUCACGACAUUUAUCGCAAGCUGGGUCGAACGGGGAUCGCCAUCCUCUUACUCUGGGGCAGCACCGAUACCGUGGUCCCUGUUCACAUCGCCACCACCAUGCUCGAGGAACUCAAUAACUGUCACCUCAUAGUGUUCCCUGGUUGCACACACCUGUUACUCUCGGAACGAGCAAAUGAAUGCACUGCCCUCGUAGCCACCUUCCUCGAAUUCCCCAAAAACGCCAAACUAGACGACUUCCACUACCUCCUCCCUUUCACUGCCGAAGGCGAAUACAGACCUCCCCGGUCCAGAUGUCCGCCGUCAAUGAGACAGGAGGUUUUCUUCGACCUCAUCUCCUACCGACCCAAGCGGUGGUUCAAGGUGAGGUCACCCAAAACGAAUAGAUAG